GGCGGCCGGAAGUGGUGACCUGCCUUCCGUGAUGAGGGGUAGCGGGCGCAGCGCAGCUUUCCUUGCUUGGGCUGGCCGCUCCCACUCGCGCCCGCUCCGGGCCCCGCCGCCUCCCCUGCCUCGCAGAGGUUUUGCUGCCACACUCAUUAGGAAGUCAUAUGAUGUCAGAAGAGUUGAUAUCACUCCCUUGGAGCAGAGGAAGGUAACUUUUGAUACCCACGCAUUAGUGCAGGAUCUGGAAGCCCAUGGCUUUCAGAAGGAACAGGCCGAGACCAUUGUAUCGGCACUGAUGAUCCUGUCGAAUGUCAGCCUAGACACCGUCUAUAAGGAUAUGGUUACACAGGCGCAGCAGGAAAUAACUUUGCAGCAGAUCAUGGCACAUUUGGAUUCCAUCCGAAAGGAUAUGGUCAUCCUGGAGAAAAGUGAAUUUGCAAACUUGAGAGCAGAGAAUGAGAAAAUGAAAAUUGAAUUAGAUCAAGUGAAACAGCAGCUAAUGAAUGAAACUGGUAAAAUUCGAGCUGACAGCAAGUUGGACAUAAACCUGGAAAGGAGCAGAGUGACAGAGAUGUUCACAGAUCAGGAGAGGAAACUGAUGGAAGCAACUACAGAGUUUCAUAAAAAGGAUACAAGAACCAACAGCGCUAUCUCAGAAAUCAGUAAUAAAAUAGACACUGAAAUAGCUUCCUUAAAAACACUGAUGGAAUCGAAUAAACUGGAUACCAUACGCUAUUUGGCAGCUUCAGUAUUCACUUGCUUAGCAAUAGCACUGGGAUUUUACAGGUUCUGGAAAUAGGUCUAAAUGGAAUGACUGCGUCAAACACUGACAGAGGAAAUUCCACCCAGGCAGUGUCAGUUAGAUGGUCAUGUUUGCACUGUAGAUAACCUUGGUACCUUUUUGGUUUGAUAUUCUUACUGUGUGCUAGAAAUGUCUUCUGAAUGUGCAGCACUAAAGAUCAAAAUAACUAGGCAGGGAAGUGGGCAGAUUGUAGUAUUUCAUUGCCCUCUACUGAAUGCUGUACUUAUUUCAAAGGCCUUCUUAUGCUAAAUCAAAAAAUGUUUCCUAAUGUGUAUUAGAAUUAGUUUUGUUUUCGGGACAUUCUCAGUGGAACAUUCUCACUCUUAACUCCUCUUGAAAUGGAAAUAGUAAACAUUUGAUAUGCCCUGGAAAUGGGAAUACUAUUCCCCAUGUGGGACUACUAAUGCCAGAUUCCAGCAGAUCUACUCUUAAUCUUAAAUAGAGGAUUUUGAUUUUUGCCUUCAGUCUGUUCCUUUUUUUUCUGAUGGAUUUAAGCCUGGUCCUUUAGUUUUUUAUUUAUAUGUAAACACAUUCUCCUAAAGAGUCCCUCUUUUUCUUGAAAACUGUUUUACAUAAAUUUGUAGUCUCAUGUUGAACUAAAAUAGAUUGGUGUUUUUUAGUAUCUCUUGCAAUAACACCAGAGUUCAACAGAAGGGGAGAACUUUGUCUUUCCAAGGGGAAAUGCCUCCACUCUUAGUGUUUACUGGGCCAGAUAAGUGCUCUUAACUCCUCCUUUCAGGCUGGGCAGAGUGUUUCCAGUAAACGCUCACAUAUUUUCUGCGCAUAGGAUCUUGUAACACGGAAAUAAUCAGUAUCUUGGUGGUGCUAUUGUGGUGGUGGUCGUUCUGCUCUGCUCUCCGUGCUCCUGUGGACUGUGCUGUAAUCCUGUGGGACACAAUGACUCCAGACUAUUCUGUGAUCCUGAGGGACACACUGGCUCUCCUGACUUCUGAUGAUGACCCCUCUGCAAGAACUUCACAGCUCUUGCUGCGAGAUGGAGCAGAGCAGUGGGAUGCCUUCCAAGACUGAAGGAGUCACAUCUUGUUGAGUACAAAUGCUUAUGCUUGGGUUGAUUCUUUUAAUAAAAUAAUAAUUACAAAAAAAAAA